UCGCCGUGUAGUGCGCUCGGAUCAGAAGCUGCGGACGCACACGGACCGAUGGACGCACUGUGACUAUUCCCCCUGAUUUUCCUCUUUUCUUUGCGGGAUCUUCUCUGCACCGCGUCCGUCUCUGCGGGGGACUUCUCGUGCGUUGUUUUUUGGGGCUCGUGCGUGUCUGGAGUGUGCGUGUUUCCCCACUGAAACCAGCGCGCACGCUUCCACCGCAGCCUUUGUACGAGAUGAGGCUGGAUUAGGGAUCCGCGGCUGCUCGGCUCGACCGGACGGAGGCUAAUUCAAAGUUCGCUGGUUCCUCGGACCCGGGAUGUCUCGGGUGGAUUACACUGCGCCCUGGUGGACCUACUGGCUGCACAAUUUCCCCCACAUCAACCUGAGGUUUCAGCCCAUUGACAACAGCUUCCAGCCCGAGGAGGAGAACUACCAGCAGUCCCUGAUAUUUCUGGCGUGCGUGGUGGCCGCAGGACUCGGCGUGAACCUCCUCUGCCUCGCCAUCUACCUGAGCUGCUUGUGCUGCUGCCGCAAAGAUGAGGAGGAGGAGAGCAAGAAGAGCAACUCCUGCUGCGUCACCUGGUCGGCCGUGGCAGCCGGCCUCAUCACAUGCAUCGCAGUGGGUGUGGGCUUCUACGGCAACAGUGAGACCAACGACGGCGUGUACCAGUUGACCUACUCCUUGUACAACGCCAAUCACACGCUGGGCGGCGUGGACAGUCUCGUGACCGGCACCAUGGGCAGCAUGAGGAGCGGCCUGCACCAGCACCUCGCCCGGCUGGACGAGAUCUUCGCCACCCGCGGGGACUUUGUGCAGACCCUGCAGUUCAUGCAGCAGAUGGCUGACAACGUGAUCAAACAGCUGCUGGGCCUUCCGGACUGGGAGGAGGCCAAAGUGGACCUGGCAUCCAUCGCUGAUCAAACGGCCAACGUGGAGUACUACAGAUGGCUCACCUACCUGCUGCUGCUGAUCCUGGACCUGGUCAUCUGCCUGCUGGCCUGUCUGGGCCUGGCCAAGCAGUCUCGCUGGCUGCUCACCACGAUGAUGGUGUUCGGCGUGCUGACACUGGUGCUGAGCUGGACGUCACUGGGAGCUGACCUGGCCACUGCUGUGGGCACGAGUGAUUUCUGUGUGUCCCCCGACAAGUUCAUCAUGAGCCAGACGAAGAGCAUCAUCCCUGCUGAUAUUGUUCAUUAUUAUCUUUACUGCAACCAGACGCUCUCCAACCCUUUCCAGCAGCCCCUGACCAUCUUCCAGAGGUCCCUGACCACCAUGCAGAUCCAGAUCCAGAGUCUGCUGCAGUUUGCUGUUCCUCUGUUCCCUUCAGCUGAGAGAGACCUGCUGGGCAUCCAGAAUGUGCUGAACUCCUCUGAGGCCAGCCUGCACCAGCUGACCGCCCUGCUGGACUGCAGGGGGCUCAACAAGGACUACCUGGACGCGAUGGUGGGGGUGUGCCACGACGGCGUGGAGGGCGUGCUCUACCUCUGCCUCUUCUCCGUCCUUGCAGCCUGCGCCUUCACUGUCAUGCUGUGUGCGAUUCCCAGGGCGUGGAGACAAAUAGCCAGCAGGGAACAGGACUACGACGACAUCGACGAGGAGGACCCGUUCAACCCCCGGGUGAGGAGGGCCCUCUCCCAGAACCCCGCCCUCCCCAACAUGCACACCUUCUGCAGCUACACCAGCAGCAUGGGCAGCCAGAGCAGCCUGCACCCCCCCGCCCCGGCCGUCUCCACCGCCCCCAUGUCCGAGUACAUGAACCAGGCGGCUCUGUUCGGGGGAAAUCCUCGCUACGAGAACGCGCCGCUGAUAGGACGCGGAUCUCCGCCCCCUUCGUACUCGCCGAGUAUGAGGGCCACCUACCUGUCCAUGACCGAGGAGCAGAUUAGACACUUUGGAAACGACUUCCAAGCAUAGACUUCUUAAACUGCCCCUGGAGGAAGACGCCGUCACACACACACACACACACAUACACAUACAAACACACACUCGACAGGAGAGGAGUGUGUCCAAGCAUCACAAGGAACAGCGUAACGUGUCCUGCGUCUCAGGACAACAUCAGAAACAUAUCUGUUCUGUUCUGACUCAUCCCUUAUUUCUGCCCCUAGUUGAACUUUACCUGCUCAAGAUCGGUUUUGUGCUCCGUGGGCAAACUGACACGUUCUGAAAUAUGAACUGAAUAAUGCCUUGUUUGUCAGGCACGGGGGGGGGGGAGUUCAAUAUGCAGCUGAUUAAACCUCCGUCAAGGCCGAGCAGUCGAGUCCAGCUGCACCUUUAUUCCACACACUCGUCAGUUCCCUUAAUGUGCCUGUUUUCUUUUUCAUCCGCAUCAAUACAUGUUGAAAAACGUCCCAUAUCACAAUGUUGAAGAAAGUGAUCAACUGAUCUGGGAUCUGCUCCCUGUGGCUGAUCAACACCCGAGUUUAAUAAGUUCCUCCCUCACACAUUCUGCAACCUCCCAAGUUUGGUUGAAAUCCCUUCAGUUCUUUUUAUUUAAUAUUGUUCAGAAUUACACAAACAAAUAUUCAAACUAGGACACAGAUUAAAACGCAUAAAAACACUCUGGAAUCAAUAGCUAAAUUGAUUAUGGAAAAAUGUGGACGGGGGGGGUGAAGACAUAACCCCGGAACAUUUCCAAGUUUGAUUGACCUGCUCUUUAUGGAAUCACGUCCUUCAAAUCUUUGAAAAGAAGGUUUGUUUCACUUCUGACAACGUUCAGGUCGAUGAAGAAGGAAAAAUAUUAAAACACACGCUGCUGUGUUUUCUACAUGUUGCGCUUCAUGCUUGAUAAACAUGUGAAGCACAGAGAACACACCAGGGGGAGGAGCCGUCGAAAUCUAUUCACGUUCACACACACGUGAAACUUUAUGUUUCUCCGGACACGAGACGACCUUGAGACCACGACCUCUGUAAAUAAAAACAAAUGUCCUAUAACAGACUGUUGUCUUCUACUCUGAUUUCAUUUUGUUUAUAAACAAACGUGCCAUUUCUUUUUAUAUUUUUUCUAGUGCUGUGUGGCAGCGUCACAUAAAUGUUGUUUAUCUUUCUAAAGAGCCAUUAAUCCAUAUCGUCUUUUGGGACUAACUCGAUGAAGUUGUGAUGUCUGCUGUACUUUGGAAGCCGCGCUGCACUAACUGUCAUUAAUGAGAAUAUUCAGGUCAUUUUCUUUUUCCUCAGUACGCGGCUGGGACGACUAACAGUAGAGAUUUAAAGCAUUAGUCUUGAUUUGUGUCUUUCAGCAUGUUUCACUGUACAGGCACUGAGUGGUUCUGCUGUCUGUGGGGGGGCCCCCGGUUUCAGGGGCCCAACUGUGAGUUCAAUAAACCAGUUUUUUUGAGUA